GGGACCUGCCGUCGCCGAGCGCGUUCGCGCUCGAGGACGCGGGCCGCGACGACGACGACGGCGACGGCUACGCCGAGUUCGAGCACCGCCAGCAGCUGCAGAUGAUGCGCGACCAGGACGAGCAGCUCGACGGCGUCUUCACGACCGUCGGCAACCUGCGCCGCCAGGCCGACGACAUGGGCCGCGAGCUCGAGGAGCAGGUCGAGAUGCUCGGCGCCGUCGACACGCUCGCCGACCGCGUCGGCAGCCGCCUUCAGACCGGCCUCCAGAAGCUCGGCUACGUCGUCCGCCAGAACGAGGACCGCUACAGCGGCUGCUGCGUCGCCCUCCUCAUCACCGUGCUCACCGUCCUGCUCGUUCUCCUGCUCAUCCUAUAGAUACUUCCGGAUUCUUACCUAACGGCGUCACCCAACCUGGCCCGGCUGAGGAGACUUUUUUCAUGUCAGGGGAGGGGGUGGGCAACGGCAGG